AUGGCGUGCGAGCUAGCAGUCCAGUCAGUUAAUGCCAGUUUAAUGGCUACGGUCAACGGUAAAGAUUUAAACAUGGAACAGCCCGCAGUGCCGCCGUCUUCCUUAAUCCGACGCGUCAGUUCGCGAUCAAUUCGAAAUUCAAUUUCGGAGGAUAAAGAGAAUGGGGAAAAUGUAAACACUGUAAAGGGUUCUUUUGUUAGUAAAUACAAAAAGGCACCGGAGGCGUUGAAGAAUUUCCACAUGAACGACGUCGAAAAUGAACUAGAAGUGCCCGGAACACCAAUGACACCACGGACAUCAACAACACCUGGUCACGAGAAAUGUACAUUCCAUCAUGACCUGGAACUGGAUCACAGGCCGCCCACAAGAGAGGCCCUGCUUCCCGACAUGGCCAAAUCCUACAGACUGCUUCUUACAGGUUUAGGAGAGGACCCCGAGAGACAGGGUCUACUGAAGACGCCUGAACGGGCAGCUAAGGCUAUGUUGUUCUUUACCAAGGGCUAUGACCAGAGCUUGGAGGAGGUACUAAACAAUGCGAUCUUUGACGAGGACACAGACGAAAUGGUGGUGGUGAAGGACAUUGAAAUGUUCUCAAUGUGCGAGCAUCACUUGGUGCCGUUCUACGGAAAGGUGUCCAUUGGUUAUUUACCACAAGGAAAGAUCCUUGGUCUCAGCAAGUUGGCUAGAAUUGUAGAAAUCUUCUCACGCAGAUUGCAAGUGCAGGAGCGUCUCACGAAACAGAUAGCCAUCGCGGUUACACAAGCUGUCCGACCAGCGGGAGUGGCGGUCGUCAUUGAAGGAGUACACAUGUGCAUGGUGAUGAGAGGAGUCCAGAAAAUUAACAGCAAGACAGUGACGUCGACAAUGUUGGGCGUGUUCCGUGACGAUCCAAAGACGAGGGAGGAGUUCCUCAACCUCGUGCAUUCCAAUUCAGUUGAACAUAAAGCAAGAAUGCAGAUUCCUACAGGUUUCGCUGUUGCCCUGUUGAUGGGACUUGCUAGCGCCGCUCCCGUCUCUGAUGAAAAAUUUGUAGUCACAAGAGAUUUAUUCCCCGAAUCUUUCGUAGUCUAUUCCGGCGAACACGAAAUUGUUAACAUUAUCGUACCCUUGAAUGGUCUCAACUACGCAGAGAAACCGAAUAACAACAGGAAAAUUACACUUUUCUUCGUCGAAGCUGAUGAAGAUGAAUCAGGCAAAAGAAUAGACCAGGGAUUAUAUGUUAUUAAAAAUGGCAUACCUAAGAAGAUAUUGGAUUAUGGUCGGGACGCAUCAGCAGCUAAUGACAAUAGCCAGGAGGUCUACCUUGCUGCUAAAGAUGGUAUUUAUUUGUACAAUUAUGAAGAAAAUUCAGCUGAGAAAUACGGUACAGUGUCUGAUAGUAUAAUUGGAAUUGCUAAGGAGAACGACAGUGAUGUGAUUUACAUUCUCACUGAAGAUUUCGAAGUAUUUAAAGUGUCUGAAGCUGGUGAGAAGAAAGAGAAGAUCGAAGAGAUUGUCGGUGCUCAACAAAUUGUUCUGGAUUAUAAAAACAAUUUAUAUUUCUACGACGCAGAUAAACAGCCUUUCGUUUACAGUAAAUAUGGAGUAAAAAGGAUUGAAGGAACACCUGAACAUCCAAUUAAAGCUCAUCUUCUUAGACCAAGUUCAAACAUGAAAGACUCGGUCCCAUUCAUUGUUGAUGGAAAGACCUACAUCUUGUCUGCUGAUGGGUCCGCAAAACCUUUCGAUAUUGAAAUCGCUCCUGACGUCCAACUAAGUGCUUACUCAAUGGAAACACUGUUUAUGCAAUACUAUGCCCUAGAUAAAAAGAUUUACGAAUUCGACAUCGUGGAUAUAUUUGAAGAAAUACUUAUAUAUUAUCCAAAUAUGGUAUCCAAAUAA